UUCACAAUUUUUAUUUUUCCAUGGAUCUCAGAAACCAAAAGCCCCUCAAAAUCCACCUGGUUUGCUCCACCGACUCUCCCGAGUUCACUCACCUAACCGAGUCUCUGACUCGUUCUUCACUCAUCGCUCUCGACGCGGAGUGGAAACCCGUCCACACCGGCGCUCAGUCCUAUUUCCCCACAGUCACCCUCCUCCAACUCGCCUGCGAACUCAGUCGUCGACUCGUCUCUGACCCAGACGAGUUGGAGGACUCGGCGACUUUCCUUGUCGACCUGACUUCAAUCCCUCUCUCUUCAAUCUGGGAACUGCUUAGAGAUGUUUUCGUUUCCCCUGAUAUAUUGAAACUGGGUUUCAGAUUCAAACAAGAUUUGAUUUACUUGUCUUCCACUUUCUGUGAGCAAGGCUGUGAUCCUGGGUUUGACAGAGUCGAGCCCUUUUUGGAUAUCACUAGUGUAUACAAUCAUUUGCAACAUAAGCUACAUGGAAGGAAGGUAUCAAAACAAACUACGAGUCUGGCAACCAUCUGCAAAGAACUGUUGGGCCUCUCUCUUUCAAAGGAGCUUCAAUGUAGUGACUGGUCACGUCGUCCUCUUACAGAAGAGCAGAAAACAUAUGCAGCAAUGGAUGCACACUGUUUGCUCGAAAUAUUUAAUGUAUUUCAUGCGAAGACAAUCAAAGAAGGGAGUUAUUUUCACAAUGUUGACAAAAUGUCUCCCGCUAAUGUGGAUCUUGGGUUGAAAGAGGUUCUUGAGCAGCAUGAUAUAAGUAGUAAAGUUUUGAGUAUCAAAUUUUGUGAAGCUUUACAAAUAGUCCAGGCUACAGCUUCUAAUUUUCCAGAACAAAUAACUACAGUGCAUGAGAUGGUUUCAAGAUCAUCAUGCAGAAUUACCAUGCCAAUGGAUGAAUCUAUAUUGAAAGUUGUAAAAAAAUAUGGUGAAAAAAUUGUGUUGAAAGAUUCAGACAGAAAGCCAAAGGCCUCCAAAAAGAGAGGGAAGAGACAGUCACCGGUGGAUGCAAUCUUCAAAGAAAAGCAAUCAGAAAAUUCAGAUGCUUGGCAAGGGCCUCCACCAUGGGACUUGUCUUUGGGGGGUGAUGGAUGCCCUAAAUUUGUAUGUGAUGUGAUGGUUGAAGGCUUGGCAAAACAUUUACGGUGCGUUGGGAUAGAUGCUGCUGUUCCUUAUACAAAAAAGCCUGAACCCAGGGAAUUAAUAGAACAAGCACUCAAAGAGAAUAGGGUUCUCUUGACACGAGAUGCUAAGCUGCUAAGACAUGAGUAUUUGAUAAAAAAUCAAAUAUAUAGGGUGAAGGCUCUUCUCAAAAAUAAACAACUACAGGAGGUCAUUGAAACUUUCCAGUUGAAAAUUAGCGAGGAUCAGCUGAUGUCGAGAUGCACCAAAUGCAAUGGGAGGUUCAUUCAAAAGCCCCUAACCACAGAAGAGGCUGUUGAAGCUGCAAAAGGUUUCCAAAGAAUUCCUAACUGCUUGUUUAACAAGAAUUUAGAGUUUUGGCAGUGCAUGGACUGCCACCAGCUUUACUGGGAGGGAACCCAAUACCACAAUGCAGUCCAGAAGUUCAUCGACGUAUGCCAGUUGAAUGACUAAUCUGAAGUCCAGAGUCAUUUUGCAGUUUUUCUCCCAAGUUGGUAUUGGUACUACUUUAUGACCCUCCUUGUUUUGAGUACAGGUGCAUAUCAGUUUUAUAUGCAAUUUUUACUCGUUUCUAUUGUUUAAAUUAAUUCAUUUUUCUUGGCAUCAGUAUCUAGUAGACGAUCACGACAUGGCCCCCCACUUUAUUAUAUGGUGAUGCUUUGUAUAGAACUGGUUGGACCCUUUACACUAUGGGGGUAAAGCUGUCUGCCAAAAUUGACUAAAUUGGAAGUUUUACUAUAUGGGCAUGACGUUUAUAUGUGAUAUUGCUCAAACUUUUUGUUUCCUAGUUAUAUUUAUUUAGUUCCACCAA